ACUACCACCACCCACUCUCACAAAUGGAAUCUCCUCGACUGGCAUGAGGCGCUCGUGUCAGUUUGCAGAAAGUUUGUAUCGGGUUAUUCGCCGAAAUCACCCGUCUUAGCCGGCGACAUGAGAACCUGUCGAGUGUCGUUUCUACAGGAUUAUUACUUCACCCUCUUUUGAAGACCACUCUACCCGAUCCUUAACUCUCCAUGAAGUUAACAGUAACCGAUGACGUAACGGAUCAAUUUCCUUCGUCAUGAAGCACUUCGUAGAUGGCAUUCUCGUUAUAUUUACGUGUUUCGUCAUUGUCUCCCCCCUGCAAGAUUUUCCAUCCGAAAGUACGUACGGAAACACUACAACGGAACUCCCCUGUAAUCCGGAAAGUGGUGGAUGCAACACCACAGAAACCGGAGCUACAGGCCCCGAAACUACUACGUCUAACGUAACAAAUACACCACUUUUUGACGAAAACAAUACAACGUUAUGCCCCGAAAACGGAUGCCAAACUGAAUCAUCUAGUCUAGAAAUUACAACAGAGGCCAUAGGUUACGACAAUGGUACCGUUGUCACGCAUGCCAACGUUAAUUCGAGUGAACCUAUUGAGGAAUCGACGACAGUCGUAGGUGGUAACGUAACCGAAGCUGAAACACAAUUACCAGACGUCACUAACUCUACCGAAUCUCGAAGUACAGUAACAGAAACCAGCACCCAACCUUUAAGUGAAAGCGAUUCGUGGGUUAAUGUUACGACGUAUCCGGACGAUUCGUAUAAUUCUUCUGUUACUGAGGUUGUAUCUACGUCUACAGAUACAGUAGAAGCGAUUAACUCGUCUUUAAUCGUAACAAAUGUAACGUCCGAAAUAGGAAACUACUCUGAAGUUAACGUAACAACAGAAGACUAUUCCGAAACGGCUACAGAAAUGUCUAACCAUACUGAAGAUACUACGAACGUUACUUGGACUGAUACGCCACUGUUCGAUACAAAUACCACGUUGCGUAACGCUUCGACAACGGAAUUUCCGUUAUUUAUAAACAGUACAAACGAGACAACGGAAGCUGUUACUGUAGAAACGUCCGAAACUGUCGACGAUUUCGGCAACGUUACGAACGAACCUCAUGAAAUUUCGAACGUAACGACAGUUUCCGACAGUCCGACAACAGAAUCCGUUACGAAUUACACAACAGUUUACGAUCUACCCACCGUGACUCCUCAUAGAAAUUAUCUGACAGUGGAAAUCAGGAUCAAUUGUUCGAGUAAUGAAGAACAGAGAGAGAUUUCGUCGUCCCUGGCCGAAUUCCUGAACACCAGCCUGAAGGAUUCGAACGAGUGUUACGUUACGAGAAACGUCACACUGAUAGUUCCCAACGAUAAGGUGGAAUACUUAAAAAUCUCUCAAUUCCUGAUGGAGAAGUACCACACAAUCCGACUAGUCAGAAUAUGGAGUAACGCUAGGGAUUUCAACGGGACCUUAGACACUGUUACGGUGGUCGAUGACGUAACCGAAAGAGAAGUGGUCCUGUAUGUUUCGUUAGGCGUGUGCCUCGGCAUCGUCCUUCUAUUUGCUGUGGCCAUCACGUGCUUCAAGUGUUUUCGAAAGCGAUCGAACAAACCGUUGGAUCUGGAUGUACCACACCUGAACCUCCGCCUUGAAGACUAUACGCUAACUCGCAUCCCCCGGCCCAACACUGUCUAUUUGGAUUACUAUCGGGGCCCCAUCAUUAACGAUAGGUACUCUUCCGCCCCCCUCGGUAAUUCCGUCAAUUCUACCAAUUCCGAGAGGGGGUUGAUCCAGCCUUUCGAUACCAGCGUGGUUCCUCUGGAGGACGCCAAGAAACUGGAAGAGCUGAGCGCUCCCGUCACGCGCAACGAAACCAAUUGCCCCUCCACCCCCCUGCGUACUUUCGGUAGAAAAGACUGGAAGAACGGAGACGGUCUUAUAUACGAGAACAUUAUGUCGUCGUCCACCGAAAAACUACAUUCGGAUUUUUUUAAGAGCGGGAACAGAGGUCAAGACAACCCCACGUUCGCAGCUUAGGGAUCGCCCUCGAAAAACACUAGAUCUGUAUCAUAGUUUAUCUCUGUCAUUAUCCGAGCCAAAGAUUAUUGGUCCUUUUCGAAGGAUACGAGAUGCCAACGUUGUUCUUUAUCCGUACAAAUAAUAGUUACUGUGUAUUUUGUGAAAUAAAGUUACACCGUGGAAAA